AAACAAAUUGUUCAAUUUAAUUCAAUUCUUUAUAAUUAUUGUUUUAUAAUAGUUGAUAUAUAAUUAUUUGACAUAAAUAAAAAAUAUGCAGGCCUUUACAAGUAUUAGGAAUAUCAUAUUCAUAAUAAGUGGCGGUGUUUUAACGUUUGUUAUAUUAUUUAUUUUUGCGAAAAGGCAAAUUACUAGAUUUGCUCUGAGAUCACGUAGGGGACCUCAUGUACCAAUUGGUGCGGAUGCGAAAAAGAGUUUGAAGAAAGAAAUAGAGCGGCGCAUAGAAGCAGUACCUCGCAUAGUGACAGAGCCUCGUCUUCUGAGUGCCGAGCCCUCACAUUACAUCCUAGAGCCUCAGCAGCCUUACCACUACAGAUUCCGUGCAGUCGAUGAUGUUAAGACUUUAGAAGAAGAAAUAGCCCGUCAAGACCCAGGUCUGCGUCGUCGUCCACGCGAAUCCUUACGCUCAUUCCUGCUGUCGUCACUGGCGGCGCCACUGGAUGGCCGUGGCCAGAAGCUUGUACAUCAAUUCUGUGAUACGUAUGAGUGUGCAAGACACCAUCCCGCAGAGUUUGGAGACGAUGAGUACAGAGCAUAUUCCAGACUUCUUUUAAAAUUGUUGGACGCUGCUCGUUUGCUGAAAAGUGUGGGCGCGUGCCGGGGUGGGUCGCCGCGUGACAGCCCGCAGCGACGUCCGGCGCGACUGUUACGACCUGCUGCGCUCUCCGCGUUGCCCGGAGCCAACAAGCUGCCUGUGUUGCACAACCAGUAUACUGCACUAGAGAACAUGCCGGUGGAGUCAAAGAUGGAGGAUGAGAUAAUCAGAGUGCCCGUGCGGAGUCCCACGGAGCCCGCGGUGAAGGCUCCGGCCGAUGAGACGGCCGUGUGAGGGCGGCGCGCCCGCCACGAUGCUAAGACUCUCUGACGUGGUGCGGCAAAUAUAGAAUAGAAGUGAAGUAGAAUAAAUCUCAAAGAAGGAAACAAACUGAUAUAGUGACAUUUGUAAAGUGAUAGUGUUGUGAAAAGUGCAAAAAAAACUUGAAGAUUGAGAUAAUGCCUCAGUCUUAUGUUUACGCUGGGUUUAUUGUUGAAAAUGUGCUUAAACGUAUUGUCAUCUCAGCUUUUUCACUGAUAAUGAGAGAGACAAUUGUUUCUGUGGAUAUUUCUUUGGUAGAAUCAUUGUUAUAAUAUAGUGAUUAAUUAUUUAAAUGUAGAAUAUUAGAUUUAGGAUAUAUUUGUAUU